CUUCCUCCUCUGCACAAAACCAGAGAGUUUGCCCCCAAUUUUUUUUUCCGUUUCGGCUAACCUUUUUUUUCCAUUGCGGACGCUCUGUUAGGGAUUCAACCCCAAGCCCUCUUCUUAGCAGCUCGGAGGUAAAAUGCCCAGAGAGACGGACCCUUUUCGGAACUAUGUAGAGUUCCAGCGGAACAACAAGUGGAAAUGUCAAUUCUGCAAGAAGCAGUAUGCCGGAAGCGCGACUAGGAUCAAGGCCCACUUAGCGGGAGUUGGAGGAUAUGGGAUCACUGACUGCAAGGACGUUGAUGACCAAGUGAGAUCGGAAGCCCUAAAGGCGUUGAAGGGUAAAACAGUGGUGGAAUCGAGCUUCAGACCAGAUAACGUUGAAGUGGGUCUGCAUCAGCCUGUGAUUGCAAGCAAUGAAGAUGGUCAGAGAGAGACUUCAUUCGUUGUCAUGCCGUACAUGAGCUCUGAUGCCAUAAGCACUGUAGGUGCAAGUUCAUCAAACUUUCGUCCCUUGCAUGAGAUGGAUGUGCCCAAUCAGUAUCUUCCUACUCAAAACAUGACUGCACAUGGGGACUUUUCAUUCUGGACACAACCUCCUCAAUCUCAUGCCGGUGAUUCUAACAUUCAGCCGCGGAAUUUGAGUUAUCCCAGUGGCGGUGGAGACCUCGCCCCAGUAAAUGCAGGAGAGGGAGAACCCAAUACAGAGGUUCCACAAGAUGCGAGGACAGAUGAUGCACUCGUGGAUAGUCAACCAGGUGCUUGUGGGCUGGUUGACGAGAAUAUGCCAACUCUGAAAAGAAAGCUGGAAGAACUAUGCAAUCAAGAAGCAGACAUGGAUGGGUUGGAGACAUGGUGUAGGAAAGCACAAAGGAUAAGAGGAGAAUACUGGAGCAUGGUCCAAGCAUUCCGAGAAGGCAGAUCUCUUUGUCCGCAGCAGGUAGAAAGAGUAAAUGAUUUGAGCAAAGAAGUUGAAGAUAUUCUAGGCCACUGUAGCUUCCCAAAGGGGUCGACAAUACAUGCUGCUGGACGUAGGAAAAGUUUGCCCUUGGUAACAACAGAGCUAGUAGACAAGGAAAGUAAGAAGACAAUUGAAAAGAUAUGCGGCUAUUUAAUGAAGGGUGAGAUUUUCCUCAUUGGCAUUUGUGGAAUGGCAGGAGUUGGCAAGACAGCCAUUUUAAUGCAUGUCCAUAAUAGAGUAUUUGAGAAUCCUGUCUUCAAUGAUGUGUUUUGGGUCACUGUACCUCAGGAGUUUAACGUCUAUGAACUACAAAACGAGGUUGCCAAUGCAGUCGGACUAGACAAUCUCUCAAUGGAUAAGGAUGUGAAGAGGAGGGCAUGCAUAUUGAAUAGGCAUUUGAAGAGCAAGAGAGCUGUCUUAUGUUUAGAUGGUCUGUGGAUGCACUUUGACAUUGAGGAUGUGGGAAUUCCAGUUGAAAAAGGAAGCAUUAAGUUGGUAAUGACAACUCAAUCGCUAGAUGUAUGUGAUAAGAUGGUCUGCCAAAAACAAGUCAAAAUACGUCCUCUAGAUUUGCGAGCUGAUUGUUGGGUCUUAUUUUUAAAAAAGCUUUGCUUUGGGAGAGAACUCCCUUCAGAAGUUAAAAAAAUCGCAAGCUCCGUUUUGGAUAAGUGUGGAGGUUUGCCACUUGGGAUCAUUGAGAUUGCAACUCAGAUGAGGGGACUAAAGGGAGUGCAUGAAUGGAAAGACUUGUUGCAGCAAUUAGAAAAUUCGAUGAUGGAACUUGAUGUGUUCAAGAAAUUGAAACUCAGUUACAUGAACUUGGGUAAUCUUCAAGUGCAGCAGUGUCUCUUGCAUUUACUACUCUGUUUUGGAGAGUACUCUAAAGCUAAAAUUAUCGAAAAGGAUUUGAUAGAAUCUUUCAUAGAUGAGGGCUUGUUAAGUGGAAUAGCCACUCGGCAAGAAUUGCACAAUAAAGGUAACAUCAUAUUGGACAAAAUAAAAAAGGCUUGCCUGGGGGUUGAUAAAGACAAAGAAUCUCUGUCAGUACACCCCUUGAUAAGGGACAUGGCAUUGCAAAUAGUGACGAGCACAACUCACAUGGUCAAGGCCAACAUGGGAUUGAAAGAAAUUCCAAAGGAUAAGUUCUGGACCAAUCACCUAGAGAAAGUCUUCUUACAAAGCAACGAUAUAGAAGAAAUCCCAUACAGCAUAUCGUCAAAUUGCCCUAAACUUAUGAGGCUGUCGUUGAAUAACAAUGUCUCUUUGGAUACCAUCCACGAAUCUUUCUUCGAGCAUAUGAAGGGGUUGAAGGUUCUAGAUCUAAGCAAAACGAAUAUCGCGGCAUUACCGGACACUAUCUCUCACUUGGAGAGCUUAGAAACACUGUUACUCCGAGAGUGUGAGGAAUUACAUUUUAUACCUUGUGUAAAAAAAUUGGGAUCCCUUAAAAAGUUGGACCUUAGUGGGUGUGUAAUGCUUGGAGAAGUGCCGGAGGGGAUGGAGAUGUUAGUAAAGCUGACGUACCUUGACCUGCUUGGCACAGAGAUCAAGGCGUUAUCGGAAAGAGUGUUGGGGAAGCUGGUGAACUUGGAAUAUCUGGUGAUUAAUUACAUGAUGGAAGAGGAGGUAGAGAUAGAAUUAACAAUGGUGGAAGGACUCUAUUGCUCUGUUCUGAAUGUUGAAACAUUCAAUGCAUGUGUGAGGCUUGUUGAGCAAAACAGCUCCCAACCAUAUGACCUGGCACUGAGUUUAUCAGAAAACUACUACUUUAGGGAUAAGCACGAGAGGCGUAUAAUCAUCAAAAGUUGCCAUAGUAUUGCGGCAACGGUAGAUGGAGAAAUUGGUGGGGAUGGCUGCGCUCUACUUCCAAAAAAUGUGCAAGUACUGGAAGUAGGACAGUGCAAUGGGGUGACAAGUAUGUGCGAGGUAGGUCCACUUGAUAAUCUAGAUGAGCUGAAGAUACAGGAAUGGGAGAAGCUGGAGGAAUUGGGUGCUGUCCACUUCCCUAACCUACGGAGAAUGAAUAUCACUACAUGUUCCAAACUGAAGCAUCUCUUGAAGGAGGGGCAUGAGCUCCGUCGUCUACAAUGGUUUAGAAUCGAAGAUUUAGAGGAACUAGAGGGGAUUAAUGUGGCAGCGCCUUCUCUUUAUAGUAUAGAAGUGUACAAGUGUCGUAAAAUGAAGAGGGUGGUGGAAUGGGAGUGGCUGGUCGCUCACCUCACAAAUCUGAGGUCCAUUAAAAUAAAAAAUUGCGAGCAAUUACAGGAGAUGAUAGGUGGGCUAUUGCCACUCAGUGAGACUUGUUAUCUUACGAAGAUUGAAAUUGAAGGAUGCAACAACCUGAAGAGGGUGCUUAUGAAGCAUGACAUGUUGCCGGGCCUCCCUUUCCUCCGACAUUUAUCAGUCAAAAACUGCAAGAGCAUACAGGUGAUAAUAGGCACUAAUCCCAACAUGAUGCAACGCUCCUUCCUAAAUUUAACACGCCUGACUCUAUGGAAUCUUCCGGAGCUGAAGGGCAUAUAUGAUGAUGAGACCAUGAGUUGCCUUUCAAUCGAAUCUAUUGAUAUCCAAAAUUGUCCGAAGCUGCAGAGGCUUCCUCUGCGUGACGAUGGGCUCCCUUAUCCUCCCCCCCAUAGUCGGCAUAUUUUCGUAGAUAGGUUGACGUGGCAGUCGCCGGAGUGGGACCAUUCCGUUUCCCCACCCUCACUUGAGUUUUACGCCAGGUUGUAUGGUAAGUCUCCCCCAAAUUUUUACUUUUCUUUUAUCCUCUCCAUCUCCCAGAGGCCCUUCUAA